GUAUUGUAAGCCGCUGUAGGAUUUAUGUUACGGUGGCGUCAUGUGACCUAGUGCGCAGUUUUGGUGGGGUGCGUCUCUCGGCUGGCCAAGACACCACUUUACGCGGGAAAACGCGUCUUGGGUUUAAGCGCGUCGCGUCAAAUCUCCUAUCCACCAACUUCAAAUGCCCCCAUGGAAGGAACAACUUCGGAAGUAAAUUACCGCCACAACCAACGACCAAGUUUACUGCAUCUCUUGUUGGCAGAAUAUUCCAAGUCGGUUUCUGAGGAGCGAAUACCCGGCCCUGUUUGCCUAUCCCUCGCUCGUAAUCGCCCAUCAUGAACGGCUUGGAGCUGAGAGAUGAAGUGGUGAAGGACCGCAUCCGCCAGGCGGAGGAGUUUCUUGAUCCUAAUGACCACCAAGCGCGCAGCUACCGCUCCGAGAUCAUCCUCAUGCUGCAGCAAAGGAAGCGCCGCCUCGUCGUCUCCAUCGACAUCGUGCGCGACCACAACGUCGAGCUGGCAGAGGGCCUGCUUAACCAGCCCUUUGACUUUUCACAAGCCUUUGACAAGGCGCUCAAGAAUGUCGUGGCGACGAUGCCAAACAUAUCGAAGAAGCAGGCGGACGAGGAGACGAUGUACUACUGCGCCUUCGCUGGCUCCUUCGGCCACCUGGCCUGCAACCCUCGCACAAUCAACUCGUCGCAUCUGAACCGGAUGGUCAGCCUUGAGGGUAUCGUGACGAAAUGCAGUUUGGUGCGGCCGAAGAUUGUGAAAUCGGUUCAUUAUAAUGAGAAAGAGGAGAAGAUGCACUUUAGGACGUACCAGGACCAGACGAUGACGAUGGGCCAGGCGUCGACGAGUAGCGUGUAUCCGCAGGAGGAUGAGCAUGGGAAUCCGCUUACGACGGAGUAUGGUUUGUCGACGUACAGGGAUCACCAGACGAUUAGUAUACAGGAGAUGCCGGAGAAGGCGCCGGCGGGACAGCUGCCUAGGGGUGUGGAUGUGAUUGUUGAUGAUGAUCUGGUGGACAUGGUGAAGCCGGGAGAUCGCAUCCAGCUUGUGGGCACGUUCCGCUCCCUCGGAAACCGCAAUACAUCGCAUAACAACGCGCUCUUCAAGACGGUAGUGCUAGCCAACAAUAUCAUCCUACUAUCCUCCAAAUCUGGCGGCGGCAUCGCAACGGCAACAAUCACCGACAUAGAUAUCCGCAACAUCAACAAGAUCUCCAAGAAGAAGAACGUCUUUGAGCUACUCUCGCAAAGUUUGGCACCUAGUAUCUACGGACACGACUACAUCAAGAAAGCCAUUCUGCUGAUGCUCCUAAGCGGUAUGGAGAAGAACCUCGAUAACGGCACGCAUCUAAGAGGAGACAUCAACAUCCUCAUGGUCGGCGAUCCCUCGACCGCCAAAUCGCAACUCCUCCGCUUCGUCCUCAACACCGCCCCCCUCGCCAUUGCCACCACCGGCCGCGGCUCCUCGGGCGUCGGUCUCACCGCCGCCGUCACCACGGACCAAGAAACCGGCGAGCGCCGCCUCGAAGCCGGAGCCAUGGUCCUCGCCGACCGCGGUGUCGUAUGCAUCGACGAGUUCGACAAGAUGUCCGACAUUGACCGCGUCGCCAUCCACGAAGUAAUGGAGCAGCAGACCGUCACCAUCGCCAAAGCCGGGAUCCACACCUCCCUCAACGCGCGCUGCUCCGUGUUGGCGGCCGCGAACCCGAUUUACGGACAGUAUGAUACGCACAAGGAUCCGCAUAAGAACAUUAACCUGCCCGACUCGCUGCUGUCGCGUUUCGAUCUGCUGUUUAUCGUCACGGAUGAUAUUGAGGAUAAGCGCGAUCGCCAAGUCAGCGAGCACGUCCUGCGCAUGCACCGCUACCGCCAGCCCGGCACCGAGGAAGGCGCCCCUGUGCGCGAAUCCGGCGGCCAGACCCUCGGCGUCGGAAUCGCGAACGACGCCUCCGUCGGCGCACCCACGGACGUCUUCGAGAAAUUCGACGUCAUGCUGCACUCCGGCGUGACCCUGACCCGCGGCCGCGGCGCCAACAAACGCAUCGAAGUCCUCUCCAUCCCCUUCGUCAAGAAGUACAUCCAAUACGCCAAGACGCGGAUCAAGCCCCAGCUAACCCAGGAGGCGAUCGAGCGAAUCACGGAGGUCUACGUUAGUCUGCGUAAUGACGAUAUGGCGGGGAACCAGCGCAAGACUUCGCCGAUGACGGUGAGGACGCUGGAGACGCUUAUUCGUCUCGCCACCGCGCACGCGAAGGCACGACUGAGUCCCAUGGUGGAGGAACGGGAUUCCCUUGCUGCGGAGGGGAUCCUCCGCUUCGCGCUGUUUAAGGAAGUAGUUGAAGACGAGAAGCGCGGGAAGCGCCGCAAGACGAGGGUCGUGGAUGAGGAGAGCAGUGGUGAUGAAGAUAGUAGCGAUGAUGACGAGGACGAGACGCCUGUUUCUAGAAGCGCGACUGCGCCGUCGACACGCGGUACAGCGAGGACGAGAGCGAUGCCAAAACGCGGCGCGAGACAGGCGAGCGAGGAGAGUGAGGAGGAGGUGUAUACCGCCUCCCCCCGCACCACAAGGACGAGGGCGUCGGCGUCGCAAUCCCAGGCUGCGAGGGAGUCGACUGCAGAUCUAGCGAGCGGGACGGCGGCGUUGUCGCUUGCGCCGGAUGCGGAUGCUAUGGAUGACGACGACGAGGAGGAAGAGGGAGAAGGGAUCAGUGAUGCGAGGUUUGUAGUUUUCCGCGCGGCGUUGGGGAAGGUGGUUGGUGGGCCGCUGUUUGCGGAUGAUGCGGCGGAGGUGGGGGAUGUGGUUGUUGCUGUUAAUAGGGAGAGUGUGGGGGCUGGGGGGGGGGUGUUUGGGAGGGGGGAGGUGGUGGCGGGGUUGAGGAGGAUGGAUGGGUUGAAUCAGAUUAUGUUUGCGGAUGGGGAGAUGGUUUAUAAGAUCUAA